UUCUCUGGACGUAGCCUAGUUACUAGGACCGCCCCUGGAUACAGCCGGAAAAGGACUCGCGGCGCAGUGGUCGCAGUGGUCUGCAGUGGUCGUCCCCGGAGGUAAUGAGCUUAUGAUUGGACCUCACCUGGGCCAGUCAUUUAUUACAAACGAUUCUGGAAGGGGUCGGAAACCUCUCCUUCUUUGGGCAGUUCCAGCCGGCAGCCAGCUGAGCUGCUGCUAGGUGUCCGUACUCUCGCGGCCGCCUCCGUGGGGCUUGGCCUCGCUAUGGCCGCGGCGCGGCACAGCACGCUGGACUUCCGGCUCCGCGCCCAAGCGGACUGCGACACCGUUCUCAAAGGCCUCCGGUCCGUUUUCCUGGAGCAGGGGAUGACGGAGUCGCUGCACACCUGGCAGGACCAUGGCUAUUUAGCGACCUACCUCAGCAAAAACGGUAGCUUUGCCAACUUGAGGAUUUACCCACAUGGCUUGGUGUCGCUGGACGUUCAGAGUUAUGACGGUGUUGCGCAAGCCAAAGAAGUUGACGGUCUUUUGAACAAAGUAGAAGAAAGACUGAGAGGAUUGAGUCAGGACAGUCCUGGGAGGGUGAAGCGACUGCCACCCAUAGUUCGAGGAGGGGCUGUCGAUAGAUACUGGCCCACUGCUGAUGGACGCCUCGUUGAGUAUGACAUAGAUGAAGUGGUAUAUGAUGAAGAUUCACCUUAUCAGAAUAUUAAAAUUCUACACUCGAAGCAGUACGGGAAUAUUCUCAUCCUGAGUGGAGAUGUCAAUCUGGCGGAGAGUGAUUGGGCCUACACCCAGGCCAUCAUGGGCAGUGGCAAAGAGGAUUACGCCGGCAAAGAUGUACUGAUCCUGGGAGGCGGAGACGGGGGCAUAUUGUGUGAGAUCGUCAAACUGAAACCAAGGAUGGCCACUAUGGUAGAGAUCGACCACAUGGUGAUUGAGGGAUGUAAGAAAUACAUGCGAAAAACGUGCGGUGACGUCUUAGACAAUCUUACAGGAGGCUGCUAUCAGGUUCUCAUAGAAGACUGUAUUCCCGUGCUGAAGAAGUACGCCAAAGAAGGCAAACAGUUUGAUUAUGUGAUUAAUGAUCUGACAGCCGUUCCAAUCUCCACAUCUCCGGAAGAAGCGUCCACAUGGGAGUUUCUCAGAUUGAUUCUCGACCUCUCAAUGCGAGUACUGAAGCAGGAUGGGAAAUAUUUUACACAGGGGAACUGUGUCAAUUUGACGGAAGCCCUUUCACUCUACGAACAACAACUUGGGUGCCUCAACUGCCCUGUGGAAUUCUCGAAGGAAGUCGUCUGCGUGCCUUCAUACAUGGAGUUGUGGGUAUUUUACACUGUUUGGAAGAAAGCUCAGCCUUGAAGAUCAACACGCCCUCAUCCUGUGUGCUGCAAAUAGUCUUCCUGACCUUCAUAUGCUGCGCAUGACAUCGAAUUGAGUCAGGCAAUUGAUGGUGAAUUUCUUCCAAGUUUCCUUUUUCUAAUUGUUACUUUUGAUUUUAAAAAACAAAUGGAAAAAUGUAUAUUUUGGUGAGCUAGGGUGCUUUUUUUUUUUUAAUUGAAAGACAGCUGGGAGAAGGCUGCUAAGUGCACACUAAAUCCCUGUAUCAUGAUUUUGUUACUUUUUAAAAAAUGUGUGUACUUUUCUUUUUUGUUUUGUUAGACUUUGAAUUUGAUUGUUUGGAGGAGUGAACAUGUUGUCUUGUUCUGGGGGAAAAUUGUUUAUGGUGUUUCUUUUCCCCAAAAGUUAACUUAGA